AUGUGCCGAUUAAGGCAUUUCCUCAUCUAUCUAUCUAUCUAUCUAAGUCUAUUUAUCUCUUUCUUUCUUUCUUUCUUUCUUUCCUUCUAUCUAUCUAUCUAUCUAUCUAUUUAUCUAUCUAUGUCAGUCUGUUCAUAUCUAUCUAUCUAUCUAUCUAUCUAUCUAUCUAUCUAUCUAUCUAAGUCUUUUUAUCUCCUUUCUUUCUGUCUAUCUAUGUCAGUUUGUUCAUAUCUAUCUAUCUAUCUAUCUAUCUAUCUAUCUAUCUAUCUAUCUAUCUAUCUAUCUCUGUUUAUAUUUAUCUAUCUCAGGCUAUUCUGUUCCUAUCUAUCUAUCUAUCUAUCUAUCUAUCUAUCUAUCUAUCUAUCUAUCUAUCUAUCUCAGUCUAUUUAUCUCUUUCUUUCUUUCUUUCCUUCUAUCUAUCUAUGUCAGUCUGUUCAUAUCUAUCUAUCUAUCUAUCUAUCUAUCUAUCUAUCUAUCUAUCUAUCUAUCUAUGUCUGUUCAUAUCUAUCUAUCUAUCUAUCUAUCUAUCUAUCUAUCUCAGUUUGUUUAUAUUUAUCUAUCUCAGUCUAUUUCGUUCUGUCUUUCUUUCUAUGUCAGUCUGUUCCUAUCUAUCUAUCUAUCUAUCUAAUUCUUUUUAUCACUAUCGAUCAAAUUUAA